AUGGAGAUUCUGCACUAAUUAACUUUAUUUAGAAUCUUGAAUAAAAAAUAGAUUAAGGAACAACUUAAUAGAAAAUUUAGUAAAAAUAACUAAGAGAUGACUAGUAUUGAUGAAGAAGUUAAAUAAAUUAUGUCAAAGCUACUGGAGAUUAGGGAAUAGAAGAUAUUAAGAUUAUCAUAAGCUCAGAUUCAUAUUCUGUCAAGGGUUAACAGUUUGAUUAAGAAAAAGAGAGCAGGGCCAAGUAAAUUCUUAGAAGAGGGGAAACUUAGGAUUAAGAUCUCAAGUUCUCUUAUAAGUAAAUCCUAUAUGAGUUAUGUAAACAGAGGAUACAUGUUAUCAACUUUAUGA